CGCGUAAUUCUAAAUUCAUUAUUCCGUAGUUAUUUCUCCAAUAUUCAACAUUGUAAAUAAAUUUUAAUGUUCAAACAAUCAGUGCUACUAUUGGCGCUUAUCACAGUGCUUCAUGUUGUUGGUUCACAGGCACAAUCCUACGAGGACAAGCGCUGCAAAUGCAUCUGUCCCAGCAUCAAAUCGGUGAAGAACAACACCGAAGAUGACUCGGAUCGGAUGCUGAUAAUCGAUAAUGUGCCACCGAACAAGUGCAAUUGCGACGGGGUAAUACUACCCCGGAUAGCCGAUAAGGUGAAAGGUAAAGAGCAGGAGUUCUGCCCUCGCUGUGAUUGCAAGUACGAAAACAGAAACACGACCAUUAUUAAGGUGGUAGUCAUCAUUGUAAUCUGGAUAAUUUCGCUUCUGGUGAUUUAUAUGCUGUUCCUGAUGUGUCUGGAUCCGCUGUUGAACAAGCGAGUUAAGGCGAACUACCAGGAGCACACCAAUGAAGAUGAGGACACCUCGGUUGCAGUUGGAAAUCACAGUCAGGACAUGCAGGUACGGGACGGGAAUGUCCUGAAUCGGGUUGGUCACUCGCAGGAUAAAUGGAAGAGGCAGGUGCGCGAGCAGCGGCGCAACAUCUACGAUCGCCACACGAUGCUAAAUUAGAGGAGCAUUAUGAUUUCCUAUAGAAUUCAAAUCAACAUUUAUAUUCCAAUUUUCUAAGUUGUAGAUAAUCGUUUGUGAUGUAAAAUAAACGCAUUAUGAUAUUCGAAUAAUCAACAGAUAA